CUGUCACAUGUCGGGCUGAGCGGUGGCUUCACGAGGAAUCGAUACUAGCGGUUACAUUCGUUCACGUGUUUGUACGUUAAUGCGCGUCAUCAAACCGUUGUCUCUUGCUUGUUGCCUAUUUGAGUUGAGCUGUCAGUUUAGUAAAUAAAAAAAGAACCAAAAGAAAAACAAACGAACAAAGCUAAAUCAACAGAGAGACACCCACAACAUUCGCUCUAAUAUAUUAUAGCCUACUGUUCGAGCUAUUUGUUUGAGCAAUUUGUGGAUAACAACAAUCAACGGAACAUGGCUGGUGUGAUGGCAGAUUUUGGUAACUUCACUCACGCCGUUGUUCGAGCUAUCCCCUCUUCCCUUGCCAAAGAGGCACUGAGGAUGAACGUUUCGGACGUGGACCUGGAGAAAGCUCGGAGAGAACAUGAGGUAUACGUCGGGGUUCUGAAGCAGAAACUCGGGCUGGAGGUGAUUGAACUCCCUGCCGACGAGUCGCUCCCGGACUGUGUUUUCGUGGAGGAUGCUGCCGUGGUUUGCGGUGAUACGGCUCUGAUCACCAGACCCGGGGCAGAGAGCAGAAGGAAAGAGACAGCGGCCAUACGGCAGACCCUGAAGGAGCUGGGCCUGAACAUCGUUGACAUGUCUGAUGAGACCGCCACUCUGGACGGAGGGGACGUCCUCUUUACAGGUAGAGAAUUCUUUGUGGGCCUUUCCAAACGGACCAAUCAGAGAGGAGCUGAGAUCCUGGCGGACGCGUUCAAGGACUACGCUGUGUCCACCGUCCCUGUCACUGAUGGUCUACACCUGAAGAGCUUCUGCAGCAUGGGAGGACCAGGCCUCAUCGUGAUUGGCUCCAGCGAACCAGCCCAGAAAGCCCUAAAGAUCAUGCAGCAGAUGAGUGACCAUCGUUAUGACAAGCUGACAGUGCCUGAUGACAUUGCAGCCAACACCAUCUACAUGAACCUCCCUGGCAAAGGCCAUGUGCUGUUACACUGCACCCCAGAGGAGUUCCCAGAGAGUGCCAAGGUGUUUGAGAAGCUGAAGGACCACAUGUUGAUGCCAGUGUCCAACAUGGAGAAGGUGAAGGUGGACGGAGCCCUCACCUGCUGUUCUGUUCUCAUCAACAUGAAAGCCAAAGUCUGAUCUGAGCAUGCUCCGUUAGGGGUCUCUCAGGCAGACCUGGGUUCAAAUACUACUUGAAAUCUUUCACAUACUUUGAUGUGCCAGGUUUGCCAUUUUUGGACUAUACUAUUGGGCCAUUAUUACGCCAGGCAAACUCAAUCAAGCACAGACAAAGUAUUUGACAUGAUUUUGAAUAGUAUUUUAACCCAGGUCUGCUCUCAGGGCAGGGUCGGCCCACUGCUGCCACCUUGCCCGGUUGAGAACCCCAACUACCUAGCCUGGGUGCAAGUCUGUUUCUGGCCAGUCUGUUUCUGCUGUCUUACCCCCGAAAACAAAUUGGCAUCAAGGUUACCAACCCCCCUCCACCUUCUGAAAGUGCUCAUGUGUCAAUCAAUCCCUCUGCUUACUGGUCAAUGUUUACAACCCUUUAAAAACAACCACUUCUAAUAUAACACAGGAGAGGUAAAAAGGACAGUCUGUUUCAUAGAAUGGUUUGAAGGUGGAGCUAUAUAAUGUUACGGUAUAGUUAGUACAGUAUAUGCAUAGUGCAGUAGUCGGUUUAUAAAGAAUAUAAAACGCAAAUAUAUUUACAAUCAACUGCUGAUUACUCUAUACAUAUUUGUAAUGAUUUAUUUUUAGAUUCAAUUCAUCAUAACAAGUAUACGUUUUUAUUGAGGGGGAGAAAGGAAUUCAAUCAAACCUACCUAGUUAUGGGCAAUUCCAUGGUAACGGAAUUACGCUGAGACUCUGAUUUUUCACUUUUAAAAUGUAUAUCAAACAAAAAACUGACUGAAAAGUGUAAUAAACCACAUAACUCUAUACACAAGGACUACUUUUAACAAUUUCCACACAAAAUCUUACAAAAACACAUUUACAGGUAAAACUGUAGAUACCGAUCGGUAUCGAACCAGGAUGUGUCACAGCCGGCCACGACCGGGAGACCCAUGAGGCGGUGCACAAUUGGCCCAGCGUGGUCUGGGUUAGCUGAAGGGUUUGGCCGACUGGGUUGUCCUCGUUCCAUCGUGCUCUAGCGACUCCUGUGGCGGGCCGGGCGCAUGCACGCUAUUCAAAAAUAUUCUAAAUAAAAUACACAUUUAUAAAAUAAAGGUACAAAGUUUAGUAACCGUAAUUCUGUCCCCAAACUUUGCAUACGGAUAGUUUUUCAAGGUAAAUGUUUACUUUUUUACUGUGUAAAUUGUUCAAAGUAGUCAUUGUGCAUAGAGUUGCAUGGUUUGUUAAACUUUGAAAUCAAUGGUUUUUGUUUGGCAUACAUUUUAAAGUCUCAGGGUAAUCCCGUAACUGUGGAAUUGCCCUUAUCUUAAUCAUAUAUAAAUGGUGAGCUUGUUCUCUCUGUCUGCCAUGGAGUCCUGAGUUCUCUUACUUUACAUCAUUGUUGAUUAAAAAUGUAUUAUUAUUGAUUAUUGGACAUGAAUGUUGAUUGAUCCCUAGCAGUGGGGGUGGUGCUAGUUAUUCCACCUGGCUGAUCAACGGGUUAUUUCCUCUUAUUAUUAAACUGUGAUACUGAAGUCUAAACCCAGGGUAGGAAAUGAACUACAAAAUUCCCCUGAAUAUAAAAUGUCAAAGGAUGCAAAGUAAAAGUGAAUGUCCUACCCUGUUUUAAACUACGCUGUGCCCACUUUAUAAAAGACUGAGCACACUGUGUGACGUAUGUUUAAUUAGGACCAAUUGGCUUGUCAUUACUCAUGAUAUACUCUCAUAACUUUUAACAUGCCUCAAUCUGCUGUGUGCCUCCAUCGAAAACCAAGUGGCUUAAAUAACUACUGCUCUCUACUCUAGUCAAGAAGCCAUUAUAGCAGAUUUCAAUGGUUUUUGUUGGGUUUUUUAAGCCCAUUGUCACUGUGUUGACUACUGAUACUGACCCUGGUACUUUCUUCCUGUUAUGCUCUUUCUGUAUGAGAGCAUGCUGGGAAAUCAACAUGAGACUGUUCCUCCAGCUGGAGAGAUGAUACACACUUAGUAGGGUCUCGCCGCUAACCACCUCUAAUCUAUCUUGCUGUGUUUACAUUGCAUAGAUAGCCUUUAGUAAGAUCUUUGAAGUCUGUUGACGACAUAGAAAUACAUGUAUAGAUACUAAAACGGGAUCUCCCAUUCAAGUCAAUGGACCGUGAUCGUUGGACUGGUGGACAUAUGGAGUCUACCUAUGAGGGUGCAGUCUGAGGGACUUUUUCACCAUUCUAGUAAUUCUAUGGUUAAGGAGCUCUUCCCAACAGCCUUAUCUCUGUCAUCAGAUAUGAGCGCAUACAUCUCCAGCAGAGGUUUAUGUACAUACAGAUGGCUACCAGCAUCUACAACCAAAGCCUAUUGCAGAGUGGGGCAGAUGAUGUUGAGCAAGAACCUGAAAAUGUUUGCUUUCGUUUGACCCCAUUUCUUUCACACUUUUUCUUUCUUAAUAAUCUGAUGCAGAUGAAAACUAUUUAAUCAAAGGAAGUGACGUCUUGCAGUAAGGAGCACAGCUAGAGACUCGCAGCUUGACGUCCAGUGCUCUGGCCUGGAGUGACGUAUAGCCUACUCUGUGGCCGUUCAGGAAUGGGCGAGCAGAAUCAUUGUGAUGAAACAUGGAAAGAAUUCCUUUUGGAAGAGAGGCUUGUAAGCCAGUAAAUACUCACUCUCUCUUAAAAUGUUCUCUCUAUAAUUCUCUCCCCCUCUCUAUGUAUAUGUGUAUAUAUGUAUGUAUACAUGAUCCCUUUCCCUGCUAUUGCCUCAUACACAUUUCUGGGGUAAUUUAUGACAAUGAUAUCAUACAGUCUGGCAAAAGGGCGCAAUGACCUACAGUUAAAAAACAUAAUUUGUGACACUAGCAGUAUAUUUUACAGGAGGCCCUUGGCAGGUCCACUGAUGAUACCAUAGUUGCUGUGUAUCCAGUACAGACCAGAGCUGACGCAGUCAGUGGCUGUUUACAUCCCAAAUUGCACCCUAUUCCCUACAUAGUGCAAUGCUUUUGACCAGAGCCCUACGGACCCUUGUCAAAAGUAGUGCAUUAUAUAGGGAAUAGGGUGCAAUUUGGUAUGUACAAUUUUUAUGGAGGCCAAACCACCUGCUGCAGUUGUAACCUACUGCAGUUGUAGCCUACUGCUGAAAGUUAGAAUAAUCACAUUAACCCUGCCAAUCACACUGGCUUUUGCUUGUGAUAAUCUGAAUUUUAAAUUAAGUCCCCAAAAUACAAAUCUAUUCAAUCUUCCUUAAAUUUUAAUAUUUUUUUUCUUGAUCUAUAAUUUUUCUAUUGGUGGUGACAACUUUCAUUGCUGAUAAAUGUACUGCUCCCACUGCCAGCAACAUCAUGUGCUGUUCCACAUGAGAAAGUGUUCCACCAGUAGCCUAGAUUCAAUUCCUCAUAAACUACAAUAACAUUUUAAGAUUUACCUUUUGAGUGACGCUGUGUAUCCCAUAGAAGUGCUGUGAUUUGUCAAUUUUGUCUCAGGUUUCUUGGUUUUAGUGUAUUGUAGAUGUUUAGUUGUGUGGUAGCCUAGGUCAGCCAUUUAACAGUCUAUUUACACUGCAUCUUGAUUUUAGCUUUUCAUCCACUUUGUACAAUAAACUACAUUAUAACAUCAAA